AUGAUUCCUUUUCAAGAUUUAGGGGAUAAUCGGGGAUUGUGGGUAUCAAAGGUCUUAGGCUUCGACGGAUUUCCAGAGGGGCUUUAUCAUCACAAGAUCGAUGGAAUCGGGACACUUCAGGCAACUAGAUUGUCUUUCAUUUAUGGUUUAAUCACGACGAAGAUUCGAUCUCUGCCUUCGGUUUGCUCAAUCGGAGUUGCAGAGAAGAUGGAUACGGUGAAUCAGAGGAAUUCAUUGAGGCUACAGCAAGAUGUAUUCCAAGUAUGGAAUAUCCGAGAUCUCAUCAUAUUGUUUGCGGGGCUGGGUCUUGAUUUACACAAUCCAGGAGGAUAUUUUAUAUUUAUUUCGAAGGAUAGAGGCGGGGGGAAGCUGGUUGGCACUUCGGGAAGCAACUCUGGUAUUGUUAUUAAUGGAACUGAGGAGGGAAAGGAUCAAGGUAAGGCUAGGGUGGAUUAUCAAGGUAAAGGGAAAGGAAAGGUGUAUGAGGAAGAGCAGUCUCAUUGGGUCAAAGUUGGGGACAAGAGUGGUGGGAGAGACACUAGAAACAGAGAGAAUUUCAGAGGGGAAGACCGAGUGUCCAAUUACAGAAAUGUCCACCGUGACAGAGCCAGAGAGAGGGAAAGGAGCCCAAGAAUUCACCGGGACAGGUACACCUCAAGAAGGUACGAUGCUGCCAGAAAGGAGAGUUCAAUGGGGAUGGAUCAACCGCGGGUCCAGGAUAGAAGGGAAGAGGAAACUCUUUUAGAAGCUACCAAUAGAGACGAUGUGGGACAGGAAGUGAAGAACGCUGAGGAUGGGUUACCUGCUGAGGAUAACCUGGAUCUUGCUAAUGAAGUACUUGAGGCAAUGUACAUCACUGAAAAAGACGAAGAGGGGAUGGAGCUGGAUGGAGUGGAACCACAGGUGGACCUGGUGGAAGCGGGGAAGGAGGACGAUGGUUUCCAGGAUCUCACUGAUACAGAAGAAGAGGUAAAAAAUAAUGAUAAUCAUGAUUCCCUUGCGACUGGUGAUGUAGGCGCGAAGGAUACGGUGCAGGAAGAGGGUGAGUUUGUGCAAGAUACUGUCGAGGGAGAGGAAGGGAAGAAACAUGGGCUAAAGAAGAAGCCUUUUCGAGCAGGGACGGCUGCUGCAGGGGGUACUUCAAAGCUGCGAAUGGUGCAGGCAAUCAUCGCUCAUAGCAAGCGUGCCUCUGCAAAGAAUGGCGCACGUUAG